GGCAGUGGAAUCUGGGGAGCAAGGAUAAGGCUCAAAGCUCUUUUGAUUAUUGAAGAUGAAUAUAGUCCUUGAGAAGAGUAGGGUGUGUGUGUGUGUGUGUGUGUGUGUGCAGGACAGAGAUGACCAGAGGGAUUACUCUGGAAGAAGGAGGUCCUUAACUCUUCCUCUUCUCCUGAGCUUGGACCCCACAGCAUGGCCCAUCGAGCAUCCUAAUUUAUUCUGAGGCUCAGAGGUCUUGUUUUUUGGUGAAGUGCCUUUGACCUGUAACCUCUGCAAUUCCAUUCAGGAUCUUAACCUUGGCCCAAGGUACUGAGCACCACUGAAGGAUCUAGGCUCUCUAUUAUCUGGCAACAGCUUGGACUGGCCCCACAUUGGUCAGUUCUCCCCAGAACCUCUUCUCUAUAGGUGCCAUGUGCCUGAUUUAUACACAAACAUGAUUUGCCUGAUUGUUGCAGUCUGGGCCUGGAAUAAUUUUAAUUAACAGGAAAAUGGUCCUCAAUACACCGAUUAGACCUCUUCAGGUACAACAAGAUAAAAGCCUGAUAAUUUGGAUGGAGUACUCUUCUUAAACGUCUACUCUAGGCACAGCAGCCAAUGGGAAAGCUGGGCUCUCUCCCACCUGAUCCAAUGAGUAAUUAAGAGAGGGCUUUUUCUUCCCUACCUCUCCUCUCCCUCCACCCCGCUCCCCAACUGGAGCUUAACAGGUUGGUGGUAUAAUUUGGAGACUUCAAGGGGUAUCACAGUGGGAGGUUAGACAAGAACCAGGGCAUCUUCUUUUGGCUCCCCAGGCUUGGACCAGCUGGAUUUGGAAAGCAGGCAGGUGAGAGGAGGAAGGAGCUCGAAACAGGCGAGGUGGGUGACGGUGUUAAGCAAAGUUUGAGAGGGGCCCAUGGCCAUGAGUGAGCUGGGUGCACAGAAGGCCAGCGAAGGCGCUGUCUCUCGGCUGCUCAAUGUGGUGGAAAGUGAGCUUCAGGCCGGGAGGGAAAAAGGUGACCCCACAGAGAAGCAACUUCAGAUCAUCCUGGAGGAUGCACCCCUGUGGCAGAGAUUCAAGGAAGUCACGAAUGAAAUGAUCGUGACCAAGAAUGGCAGACGGAUGUUCCCUGUCUUGAAAAUUAGUGUCACAGGACUGGACCCCAAUGCCAUGUACUCUCUCCUGCUGGACUUUGUCCCUACGGACAGUCACCGCUGGAAGUAUGUCAAUGGGGAGUGGGUGCCCGCGGGCAAGCCAGAGGUCUCCAGCCACAGCUGUGUCUACAUCCACCCCGACUCUCCCAACUUCGGGGCCCACUGGAUGAAGGCCCCCAUCUCCUUCAGCAAAGUGAAGCUGACCAACAAGCUGAAUGGAGGUGGGCAGAUAAUGCUGAACUCUCUGCACAAAUAUGAACCCCAGGUUCACAUAGUACGUGUCGGAGGUGCCCACCGCAUGGUAAUGAACUGCUCGUUCCCUGAAACCCAGUUCAUAGCUGUGACUGCCUAUCAGAACGAGGAGAUCACAGCUCUCAAAAUCAAGUACAACCCUUUUGCCAAGGCCUUCUUGGAUGCCAAGGAAAGAAAUCACCUAAAAGACAUUCCGGAGGCUGUUUCUGAGGGCCAGCGUGUGGCCUAUUCUCACUUGGGAGGCUGGAUCUUCUCCAACCCAGAUGGUGUGUGCACAGCAGGAAACGGCAGCUACCAGUAUGCAGCCCCUCUGCCUCUGCCUGCCCCCCACACGCACCAUGGCUGUGAGCACUAUGCUGGCCUCCGAGGACGCCGGCAGGUGCCCUACCCGCCGGCCUAUGUGCACAGGAGCCAUUCCCCCUCAGUGAACUUGAUAGAAAGCUCGAGCAGUAAUCUGCAAGUCUUCUCAGGACCUGACAGCUGGAAUUCCUUGUCCUCUACUCCCCGCGCCAGCAUCCUGUCUGUACCCCACACCAAUGGACCAAUCAAUCCAGGGCCCAGCCCCUACCCAUGCCUGUGGACCAUCAGCAAUGGAGGUGGAGGUCCUGCAGUCUCGGGCCCUGAGAUGCAUGCCGGUGGCCCUGGGGCCUUUCUCCUCGGAAACCCAGCCGUGACUUCAUCCCCCUCAGGACUGCCCACACAGGCACCUGCUUCAGCAGGUGUGGAGGUCCUGGGAGAGCCUGCGCUCACCAGCAUUGCGGUGUCCACCUGGACAGCAGUGGCCUCGCAUCCUUUCCCAGGCUGGGGUGGCCCGGGUGGGAGUGGGCACCAUUCUCCCUCUCCUUUGGACAACUAGGAAGGAUCUGAGCCACUCCUAUUGGCAGAGGACCCUGGAUGUGUGCGGCGCUGAAAACCUCAUCUGCUGAUCCUAGGGCCUCCAGGGUCAACUUGUCCUGGAAGUCUUUCUGGAGAUAGGUCAAUGUGAAGGAUACUUAUCAUGGCACUCACGUCUCCCCACCAUUUUCCUUUGCACCCCUUUUUCUCUGGGCUUAACCUUGCCAUUAUUAGGCUAUAAAACUCCACCAGAUCACUUCUCAGUUCCCUGCCUUUUCCUGCAAGUGGUUGUGGAAAGCUUCCCUUCCUUUUCCCUGGAUGUGAUGUGAAGCCAUGCCCUCAGAGUUCACCCAGCAUGGCCACUGCCUCCUGCUUUGCACAGCCCUGGAAAGUGUUUGUGGCCACAGAGUCCAGGCUGGUUUCUGCUCUGGGACCAAGACUGAUGCAAGCUUGGAAAGUUGACGAGACGAUACAGCUGACCAUGUGCUACCGCAGUGUGCCUGGAGCUGAGGGAAUGAGGCCACCUCUCUCCCUUGCUCAGACACUUCAUUGGCUCCCCAUUGCCUUCCCAUCUCUUUCCUCUAGAGAUUCUGGCUCCCACCCUUUUCCCAGCUUUGGCUCCCCGUCAACCUUUACUUCCCAUUUCACUAAAAUCAUUUGUAUUCACUGUCAUUUGCCUUCUGGAUGCUUCCCCCUGUCCCUGGAAUGUCCUCUCUCCCUAGUUUACCAGUGUCUCUACCCACCCGCCAGGGUCCUGCGGGAACAACACUUGUGCAUCCUCAGAGCUGGUGAAUCCUACCUUUCCCCAGUGCCUGCUCUGCCUAUGUAUUUGCCCUGUCACAAAGCUUAACUCCUUCUGUUUUGCAUUUUUGUUACCCAUGAAGUAACACAAGGAGUGUCUGUCUACUAGACUAUAAGCUUCUCAAGGAGAAGGCCUGGCCUUCCCAUCUUUGUGCCCCUUAGCACUUUGCACUGUGCCUUGUUGUAGGUGCUCAAUAAAUAUUUGCUGAGCUGAA